AUGUUGGAUCUCAAGGGCAAGAAUGUGCUGGUGACCGGUGGGUCUGCGGGUCUGGGAGCUGCCAUCUGUGUCAGACUCGCCCAGGCUGGCUGCAACAUUGCAGUCAACUACGCCUCUAGGAAGGAGCCCGCAGACCAAUUGGCUCUGAAACUGCAGAAGGAGCAUGGCGUCAAGUCUGUUGUGCUGCAAGGUGACGUGUCCAAGUCUGGCGCUUGCUCUGAGUUGGUCGAAGGCACUGUCAGGGAACUUGGUGGUAUCGAUAUCGUCUGCUCGAAUGCAGGAUGGACGAAAGCUGCACCAUGGGAUGACCUCGAUGCAUUAUCAGAAGAGGAUUGGGACAGGACCUUUGCAAUGAAUGUCAAGGCACAUCUCUUCCUGUUCAAGGCUGCCAAGCCUCAUUUCUUGAAGAAUGCAGAUGGUGGUAGCAUGGUGAUUUCUGCUAGUGUCGCAGGCAUCAAGACAACAGGCAGUGCACUCGCUUACAGCGUCACCAAGACCGCGUCUCUUGCAUUGCAGCGAGGACUUGCUCUUCACCAGGGACCAAAAUGCCGUGUCAACUCCAUCAGUCCUGGUCUCAUCAUGACCGAAUGGGCAGAGAAGCAAUUUGACCGCCAAAAGAUGGACUGGGUGACGGCCAACACCCCAACAGGCGCCAUUGCCACUUUGGAGGACUGUGCUGAUGCUGUGCACUUGCUGUGUGCCAACAAGAGUAUCUCAGGGCAGACAAUUGUCCUGGACGGAGGCUUUACACUGCGCUAG